AUGAAAGUUCGUUCUUCUCAAAUAAUAUAUUUUCUUUAUCUUUUCCUUCUUUAUUCUUUCUUUCUUUCUUCUUCCGUUUGUCUACCUUUUGCCUCUCUUUCUUUCUUUCUCGCUUUCUCUCUCUCAAUUAUCCUCUUUUUCUUCUUUUUCCAUCCUUCCUCCACCUUCUUUCUUUCUAUUUAUCCUUUCUUCCUUCCUAUCCUUUCUUCCUUCUUCCUUUUCAUCAUUUCUCCAUUAUCUUUCUUUCUUUCCUUUUUUCGUCUUCCUUUUCAUUAUUUCUUCAUUUUCUGUCUUUCUUUCUUUCUUUCUUUCUUUCUUUCUUUCUUUCUUUCUUUCAUCUCAUCAUUCCUCCACUCUAUUUCUUUCGUUCUUUCUUUCUUUCUUUUCACUCUUUAUUCACUUUCUCUAUUUCUUUCUAUAGACCCUCUUUUUUUACUUUGUUUUCAUAAUUCUUGCAUUUUUUCUUUCUUUCUUUCUUUCUUUCUUUCUUUUUUUCUUUCUUCAUUUCCUCUCUUCCUUUUUCGUUUUAAUCAUUCCUCCACUUUCUUUCUUUUUUCCUCUCUUUCUUUCAUUUCAUCAAUCCUCCACAUUCUUUCUUUCUCUCUUUCUUCCUUCGUUCCUUUCUUUCUUUCUUUCUCAACGUUAUAUUUCAUUUCUGUAACAAUCCUCCAAACCUUCUUCUCUCUGCUACACUUCAUUUCAUUCCCUUUCUUUCUUUCUUUCUUUCUUUUCACCCUUCCUCUUCUUUGUUUUUUUUCCUAUGCUGGUUUGUUUGUUCUUUUCUUAUUGUUUACUUCCUUGUCCUACUCUCCACACCCACCUAAGCCAAUAUCCUCUCUCCGCCACCACCUCAUCACUUUAAUCGGACCUUCAUCCCUAGCCUUCUUCUUCUCCUGUUCUUUCUCCUCUCUUUGUCUUUUCGUCUUCCUUACCUGUCCUAAAAACGACACACGAAUCAAACUAACAAAAUCAAUUAUUCUCUUUUUUACUUCUUUCUUUCUCAAUUUUUCUAUUAGCAGAAUUUUUUUUCUGAAAACAUUGACGCGGGUAAUAAAAUCUGAUCUAUCUAUCUAUCUAUCUAUCUAUCUAUCUAUCUAUCUAUCUAUCUAUCUCAGUCUGUUCAUUAUCUAUCUAUCUAUCUAUCUAUCUAUCUAUCACAUCAUGUUCAUAUCUAUCUAUCUAUCUAUCUAUCUAUCUCUCUAUCUAUCUCUCUAUCUAUCUAUCUAUCUAUCGCAGUAUGAUCAUGCCUCUCUAUCUAUCUAUCUAUCUGUUUAUCGCAGCAUGUUAAUAUCUAUCUAUCUAUCGCAUGUUCAUAUCUAUUAUGUUCAUAUCUAUCUAUCUAUCUAUCUAUCUAUCUAUCUAUCUAUCGUAGCAUGUUCAUAUCUAUCUAUCUAUCUAUCUAUCUAUCUAUCUAUCGCAGCAUGUUAA